CUAGGAAACAUGGCGGUAGAUGGCGAAUUCCUGAGAAGCGAACGAGAGACAUUUCGAAAUUGUUGUUUUAAACUGAGUAGAUUCGUGUAUAAAGACGACGACAGUUGUCGCACCAAUUUAAAUCUCUUAUUGGAUGAGCUUACAGCUGCCGAAAAUUCACAGAGGAGCGUAUCGGAAGAAGAGGGCAAUGAGUUGCUAUGGAAACUUUCAUCCUUGGUUCCAUUUCACCAGGAAAGACUUAUUGCCAAAGUUUGCCAGACCAUAACCAACUUCAAACUCAGGCAUCAGCAUCCAGUCAGUGAUCAGUGUCUGGAGUCCCUGCUAGACUUCUGUAUCAGAGCCCUCCAGUGCUGCAAGCCCUGGUCCCACCCCGACAUCCUGCAGGCACUCAGUGCCUCUCUCCAUGACAACAGUAACCGGGUCGGCAAGUACCAUGAGUUGUUGCUAGGCAACCAGGGUAUCUUGGUCCAGCUGACUGAUAAAGGGGUAUCGGAUGAGGACAUCCUAACAGGUGGUGUACAGUGCCUUGAAAACCUCACUGCAAAAGUGCCUGGUCAGAAUGGUCUGAGUGAUGCCCACAGUCAGCUUAUCUUCUCCAUCUUCCUGCGUCUGCUUCACACCGUCCCCACACAGAAGAUCGACCUCAUCGUGCAGUGCAAGAUCCUGAUUUGUUCUUUGCGUGGCAUCCAGAAUCUCCUUCUCACAACGAAGUUGAUGCCGUCAGACAACCUAGGACCACUUCUGGCUGGGAUCAGGGCCUACAUGUUCCAUGGUUUGUCCAGCAAUCAGCUGUCCCCCAUACCGCCCAGCUUGUACCCGACUCCCAUGGUGCAGUACGACCUCGGAUCAGCGUCUCCUCAAAACGACAAGAGUAAAUCCGACACCAAAGAAAAAGACACUCCAGCUAAGCCAGCCAAGAAAUCAAGACGAAAGAAGGCUUCGAAGAAAGAGGCGGAGAAGGAGAAAGAUUCUGACGCUCCAAGCACCGAAUCCCCGAGGAAGACAGAAACAGAGAGUACAGAUACUGCAACAUCAGCUACAACCUCUGCCGAGGAUGCAACCUUGACCUUUCAGACCUCUUGGAUGAAGGUCUUAAGUUCGGAUUCAGAGUAUUCUGACACCGAGGGAGGUCAAGCUUCCAGAGUGAGGUCCAUGUGUACCAAAGUGAGGCAGACGGCCUUCAGCUGUUUCCAUGCUUUAGCAAAGAAUUUAGACAAGAAAAUCAUUUUUGGUUACUGGUCAUCCUUCAUUCCUGACACGGCAGGGGCAGGUAACUCUCCCCAGAAUCAAACUCUCUUCACUUCCAUCCUCAAGGACCCUUCACCCAUGUGCCGGAUGGGAGCGCUAUCGGCUCUGACGGCUCUGGUAGACAGAACACGAGCCUUCCUGGCCCAGGCUGAAGAAAAUUAUCAAGUGAGAACAGCGUUCGUGCCUUUCUCCGCCGUCCUCGGCUCCAUGAUCAAGGAACUCCACAGAUGUCUGCUGCUGGCCCUGGUUGCCGAGAACUUCCCUCUGGCUCUCACUCAACUCAUCAAGUGUUUGGGCACACUGGUGAUGAAUGUUCCCUAUCACAGGCUUCAUCCCGGACUUUUGACCAGGGUUGUCAAACAGAUACGCCAUUUCCUCAACCACAGAGACCCGAACGUGCGAGUUGCCUGCCUGACCUGCCUUGGGUCCGUGGUCAGUAUCCAGCCCCCUCUCAUGGAGGUGUGUCACAUAGUCCAGCCGUCCACCCCACCGGUCAGCACCAGGAUCUACCCCACAGAGUCUGCUCUGUCCCAGAAACCAGACGACAAAUCAACUGAUUCCGGUUUCAGUAGUAUCUCAACGACCGACUCAGCCAAUCAAAUCCUGGGUCAGAGUUCAGGUCAAAGCUCAGGUCUGAACACCCCUGCCUUGGCUGCAACACCAGGUAUCCAGACACCAGUAUUUUCAGAUCAGACUCUGCAGGCCUUUGCAAAUGACACGUCGUGGAUCAUCAAGCUCUGCAUCCGGAACGUGAUGCCGCAGCCACAGGGAGACAACUCCAGCAACUGGAGGGACGCCAGCGUGUCUUUUGAACCACUGCCAGUUCGUCUGGAGUCUCUUCAGGUCCUUGCCAAUCUCACUAACGGAUACUUUCCAAUAAUCAGGAAGAGUGUGGCACUGCUUCAAGACCUCAUCCAGGCCUGCUUCAAGGACAAAGACCCUAUAGUUAAACUUCACGGAACAAAGUUGCUGGACGAGCUGACCCAGGCCAUGCUGCAGGACAUCCAGAAGCAGGCUGCGGACUCCACAGCAACAUCCACAGCAACAUCCACCAUCACACUGCAGCAGGUCCAGGAGUUCUGGGAAUGUCUGCUGAACGGCCCGCUGCCCACCAUGCUGCAGCUGGAGAGGAACAACCAGGUCCGCGCCAACGCCUGUGACUGCAUCUCCAACAUCGGCCCAGACGUCCUCUCCAAUCUGCCGAUGGACCGCCGUGUGCUGUGCAUCACCCUGAUCCUAGGGUUAACUUGUGAAGAAGACAAGCUGGUCAAGUCAGCCGCCGUGAGAGCUCUGGGGGUCUAUGUGCUCUUUCCCUGUCUGAGGGAGGAUGUGUCUUUCAUCGCCGAUGCUGCAAAUGCCAUCCUGACAGCAAUGGAGGACUGGAGCGUCAACGUCCGCAUGAAGGCAGCCUGGUCCAUGGCCAACAUGUGUGACGCCCUCGCCCUUAACAGGGAAUGUGGUGACCUGGAGUUUGUAGAUGAGUUCUCUGACAUGCUGCUGCUCAAGCUCCUCACAGUGGCAACCAAGGCGUCUCAGGACACUGACAAAGUCAAGUCAAACGCUGUCCGUGCAGUCGGCAACCUGCUGCGAUAUCUCACAGAAAGAAGUCUAGGUAAAAGUAACUUUGUGAGUGCAGUUGGAGAGAGUGUGAAGGCUCUGGUGAAGAACAUCCUGUCGGGGACGAUGAAGGUGAGGUGGAACGCCUGCUACGCUAUCAGCAACAUGUUCAAGAACAACCUACUGCCCCAUGGCAAGGCUGAGUGGACAAUUGAAGUGAUGCAGGCGCUCUCCUCUGUGGUGAAAGACUGCAAGAACUUCAAGGUCCGCAUCAAUGCUGCCCUGGCUCUCUCUGUUCCCGAGAGAGGAAUGCCUACGGCUUCGCCCGAACUGUACGCCUCAGUGUGGGAGAGCCUCAUCGUGGCGCUCAGGUCAUCCGAGGAUGUCUCCGACUUUGCAGAGUUCCGCUACAGGGACAAUCUGACCGAUCAGAUCAUAGAGGCCAUCUUCCACAUGCUGCACAUGCUGUGCCCCGAAGAUCUGCCGGCGCUGCUGCCAUGUCUGCAGUCCAAGGGCUUCAUCCUACAAACCUUCAUGGAGAAACUCCGUUCAUCCAAAGCCCCGUUCCUUAAGGGUCCAACACUGAAGACAGCCAGGAUGCAGGUGGAGAAGGUGGGACUGUGUCUGUCCACUGGAGAUGAUCUUGUGGCCAUGCAGCUGCUCACAGAGCUCUGUCUCAUACCAGCAGAAACUGACGAGGAACAAGACAACAGACCAGCCGAAAAAUCAGCGUUCAUGCAAAUCUAUGACUAAUGAUGCUAUUGAUACUGAGCAUGAAGAAAUAGAUAUUUGUCUACAUGCCAUCCUGUAUACUGCAGUCACAUUUAGCACUGUGAUUACAUGUGGAUGAUACAGAUCUGAAGUCCAGGGGGGCUGCUUUAGUAAUUAUUGUUUCCCUCUUGGAGUCAGAGAAUUUUUCUGCAAAUUUCGGACAAUUUUUUAUGCUGUUUCCCUGAUUAAAAUCUGCUUCUUGAUCAACGUUGAUGGAUUUCCAUCACAUAGAAUUGUAUCAAUAAUUUUUAUAUUUAUUUCUUCUUUUUAAUUUAUUUUGAUAUGAGACGCCAUGAAUUCAAUCCAAAUGGUAAUGCAGCACAAAGCCAACAGCUUAUUGAUGAUGUUAACCUUAUUGGUCACGUGGGCAAGGUGUCCAGCCUCAGGUCAGGUCUGUGGUUCAAAUCCCAUCACUUGAUGAUGGAGUACAACAUGGCAGUGUCACUAUACAUGUAUCAAGUCUUGAUUUAAGGAUCUUGACUUAGGUUUCCGAAGCUCUCCUAGUGUUAAUAUGAUCGUAAGUGGCAUACAUUAACAUUAACUUACGACUAUCUUAGCUCUAAGAGAGCUUUGAAAAUCUAGGCCCUUGAUUUUACUUGCACCAGAUGCUUGUUGACAUGAAAACCUAGAUGCACCAGAUGCUUGUUUACUUGAAAACCUAGAUCCACAAGACAACACAAAGUUGCACCCUGUCCUGUAAGUUUGUCAGGAUUAGAACAUAGGCUGUUCAGCUGUCAGCUGUCAGCUUUAGGCUUAAAUACGGAAAAUCACUGUUCUUGUGAUGAAAUAUUUUAACCAUAUUUAAGCCCAUGGAGAAAAUCCUGUAUUUUAGCCCUAGGGCUAAAUUUUGCGUGGGCCUAAAUACAUGAAUUCCCAGUAGUGGCUAAAGUGUUGGCUCAUCAUGCCAAAGCCCGGGUUCCAUUCCCUACAUGGGUACAAUGUGUGAAGCCCAUUUCUGGUGUCCCCUGCCAUGAUGUUGCUGGAAUAUUGCUAAAAGCGGCAUAAAAACGUUCUCACUCACUGAAUGCAGAGAUAUGUAUGGUAUCACUACAUCAGAAAUGUAUGUCACUACAUCAGAAACGUGUCCAGCGAAUCCUGGGAACAGUGGACCAAUAUUUUCUGGGGACCAUCGACAGUAAACAGGGACGGUUAUGUUCCUUACGAAUGUCAUAUUAGGCCUUUAGUUGCUUGUAAUCAUUCUCAAAAUCUUCAUCAGGAAGCAGUGUAUCAGGAGUGACACAGUAUGAGGUCAACAUUACUAAGCAUGUAAAAAAGCUGGUAGUGAUGACCUUAACUGAAGAUAGUAUUUAUGUUGUUUCCAUUAAUGCCUUAUUGAUUUAUUUUAAUAUUCAAUGUCCUAGGUACUUCAAUGCUGUUUGCUUCUCGAAAAGAAAUAGUUGUCCAAAGGAUAUUGCCUGCUGUUCACUACCAGUUGUCAUUAGAUUCUUUUAUCACUCGUCACGAGUGUUUCUAUCUAUAUAUAUAUAUAGUGACGUCUCCUGACGUUAAACAAAACAUCUCUCUCAGCAGAUCAGUUACACCCAUGUCAACCUAACGAUGACAUCACACAAGUGGUACUAUUGAAUCUUAGCCAGGAAUUCACAUCCCAUUCCAAACAUGAUUUAAACUUGAAAUCUUAAUUUGCUCCAGUAAUUGAAAAUGUUCUAGGAAUGCAAUCUGUGAUAUUCUUGAGUUAAUAAGCUCUGUUGUUGACUAUUCUUUGUCUGGAAAGUUUAUUUAAUAAAUCUGAAUUAAUAUCUGCU